AAAGAAGCUAGGCGACCUACCUGCCAACCACGCAUGCUCAAUUGGCCGCCAACCUUUGAAUAUCAAAUACCUUGCAUCGCCUGCAACACGAAUAAUCGUCAACAUGUCAGAUUCCGAAGAAGAAUUGAACGAGCUUCCCGAGGAUGAGGAGGAGGACCUCUUCGGCGACGCGCCAGCAGACGAUCUUCAGGAGGACCGAAGUCGCGCUGGCAGCGAACGCGACGACGCAUCGAACCGUGAUGGAGGUGAUGGCUACGGUAGAGAUGACGAGGCCCCGUUGCCGACCGAUUAUGAGACGAAGGUCAUCGAGGCCGUUGAGAUGCAACGUCAUCGCAUUCCCAAGUCGAAAGACCAGAGAUUACGAUCUCUGCGCGUUCCCAAGUUCAUGAAGAUCAUUCCAACGAUUUACGAUCCCGAGACUUUCGAGCCUACUGAACACGAUAUUGAGAAUGCCAGGGCCGACGUACCCAAGGCCGACAUCCGCGUCCGAAGACAGGGAAAUAAGCUGCAGAGCAACACCAUGAUUCACAGAUGGAGCGACGGCUCUGUGACUAUGACAGUCGGAGACGAGCACUUUGAAGUCUCUACCAAGGCAUUGGCUCCUGGACCUGACCAGCCAUACUCUGAGCUUCAGGAUGGACACUACUAUGCCGCUGCGGCGGAGCUGACCAGCAACUUCCUCAUGUUCGUUGGACAUGUCACUGAUCAGUUCAUCGUCCGGCCCGGAAAGGAAGUGGCGGAUGAUGCGCUCGCUGCACUUGCUGAGCGCAUGGCAUCGAUAUCGCAAAAGCCUCAGGAGAAGGACAUGAUCAUCAACACCAUCCAAGACCCCGAGCUGCGCAAGAGACAAGCGGAGCAGGCGGAGAAAGAGCGCAUGAAAAUGCAAAGACGUCGGGAGACGCAGACUGCACGCAUGGAUGCUACCCGCGGGUUCGGCCGCAGUGGAGGCCUCUCGAUUGGCGACCUCGAGGGUGGACGACGAGGUGGUGGUUCGCGAAAGAGAGGCAUGCCUGGCGCACCGAAGCAAAAGAGAAGACGUCCCGAGUAUGACUCUGACGAUGAUCUGCCUAGUGGCGCACGCAGAGGAGACGAGUACGACAUGGAAGAUGACUUCAUUGUGGCCAGUGACGACGAAGUGAGCGAGGUCGACCAUGACGAUGACGACGAGGAGCUCCUCGACGAGGCGCCACGAUCCAAAAAGCGACGGGUUUCGGACGAUGAGGAUGCUGAUGGAGAUGAUGAUGACAACAUGGGGACAAGUGGCAGAGGAAGACGUCGUCACGUUGUCGACGACGACGAUUCGGAGUGAGGUUAUCGACAACGACAAAAGGUGCUUGAUUGCAGCUUUAGAGUGGUCAGGGAUGAUCAGGACUUGUACUAUAGCACGACAUUCUCACCUGUGCAAGCUGCGCGCCGAGGGCGGCGACAAUUACUAUUACAUGCUAAUCAAGACUUGGCAUGCGGAAGAUGAGCCUUUUUCAAUGCGUUUCGGUAUCUCGAAUAAACCUGAAGCCUCCACGAGGGUUGCUUCAUGACAAUUGCCCUCCGAGUCUUGGCCGUACUGAGACUGGCGCGAAUAAGCGGCACGACACGUGCAGUGUUUAACCCAAUUCUUUGUCAUGGCUCUCAGACCGGACCGUUGG